UCAGCUUGAAGUGAAUAACGGCCAAAAGCAUUUCGAAUCAGUAUAAAGCCUAAAGUCGCAAGAUGGCUCCAAAGGCAGGGAUAUUCAUGUUCGUGUGCCUUAUGGUUGGGGCUUUUUCGCAAGUGAGCUCACUCCAGUGCUACCUGUGCACCAGCAGCGUCUCGUUCGCACAUUGCGAUGCGCGGAGGACAGGUGUUAGAUGUAUUGGGAGUACGCAGUGCGUGUCGGGAUAUGUAAUCAUCCAUAAUGUGGGGAAGGCGUUCAUAAGAUCAUGUGCCUCAAGGUGUGACUUUAAUAAUGUUACGAUGUGCCGUGACGGCAGAGACGCGAGAGGCAACAGGGUCAUGUGCUCUGCGUCGUGUUGCCAUGGCGACUUCUGCAACAGAGGAUCACUUCCAGUAACGAGGCCACCGUUCCCCUACACCACCCGGUCACCGUUCCCUUCAAUACCGCCAAGCCGAAAUACAAUUCACCCGCUGCUCAACGACGCCAUUAUGUUGAUCAAGUCCCUGAUCGAGACAUUCAAGAGCCUUCUGCGUAUUGUUGAGCAAGUUAUCAAGAUAGGAGGGAAUGUGGCAGCAAUAAGAUUCAAGCGUGACAUUACAUACCACAUGGCUCAGAUCGACCACCACGUCGCUCGCGUGCCGAACUUCUUGACCGAGGAGCCUGGCGACGUGUUAACAAGACUCGUGCGCAGAGACUACAUCCACUCGCGCAUGCGCGCUAAUAAGCUGCUCCAGAUGAUUGAGAGUGCAGAGAAACCAAGCGAGUAGAAGGAAAUAUGUCGAAAACGACGUCAAGAUAUUGUUUAAAUUAACGGAAACAGUAAAUAAUAGCUUUGAAUGAAGCAAAGAUUUAAGGGCAAGGAAAGUGAAGUUUUCUAAACGAACAAUAAAGCGAUUACAAACUUUCA